AAUUUAAAAGGCGGCAGAGCGAGACACUGGCGGGUAUUGAGCGCCUCUGCACAAAUCCCGGCGCGGAGGGGGCCGAAGCGGAGAGGCGGCUUCGCCGGGGAAGGAGACAUGCUGGCGGCGGCGGCGGCGGCGCUGCUGCUUCUAUGCCAGGUAGGCGAGGAGCACGUGCGCCUGUCUGGGCCGAGCCCCCUCCUGCCAAGUCCGUGGGCACUCCCCACCACUUUUAAAGACUGCAAAGCAUCUCCUCCAGAAGUAGAGAGUUGUCUUUGCCCUUGAAUUGGAAACGGGGGGGAAAGGUGGAAAUCCCCGGGGAUGCUCCUUGCAGAGGGAGGAGGGGGCGAGUGCAGAAGGGGAGCCCGGCGGCCCCUCCCGGCCGGCGCUUCUCCGGAGUUUGGCGGGACGGGGCGGCUGCAGGCAGGCGCUCGGCGUGUCCUCCGCUGUGGGCGGGCGGCUGCUUGGAGGGCGCGCCGGGAGAGGAGCAGCCGGCUCGGCCCGGGAGCCCAAGGCGGCCCAAGGCACGCCGCGCCUGCUCUGCAAGAAGCCCGCGAGGUUCUUGGGCGCGAUCAUGCCGGAUCUCUCUUUUGGGAAAUCUUCGUCUCCGGAAAAGUUGAGAUGGAGGCGGUGGGGGAGGAGGCGUGAGUCACGCACUGAACCGCCGGGUGUUUAUUUUGGUUGAACUCGCAGCAGCCUUCCCUGGUGACGGACGCGUCAAAGAUUCCCUGCUCGGCUGCUCCGAUUUCCUGGUUGCCUUUAACCUGGAGCAGGUGGGGCUGAAUCAGGGCGCCUCGGUCCAGCGGGGCGGGGGCGAUGGGGAUGCUGCCGGUGCCUGCCUUGCUCUUUGACUGCUUAAUAAGAGCCGGUCUGCUGGCUGGCCAAGGGACCCCCGCCUGCCCCGGAUAAGCGGAUCAACAAGCGAACUUCAUCCUCCCAAGUCUCCCAGCCUUUCUGGAGCACGUGCGCUGCCGUCGGAUCGACUUCUCUAAACAAGAAGUCCGGCUUGUGGAAUGAGUUAUCCCGGGAGAUAUAGGGCCGCUCGUCGCUUGAGAGAGCCAUGAGUUGAUACAAUCCAGUUGCCGGCUGUCCCGUAUAGUCCAAACACCACGCUUUUAAGAAGCUUGGCAUGUGUCAAGGGAGAGAGUACAGAUCCUUCAUUCUUUGGCAGCAUAUCCCUUACUCCCUACUGUGCAACAUUGGUGAUGCUGUUAGGGUUUCUGGGUGCAGAAUGGGUAGCAACACAAUGGUAGGAGCAGUGCUGGGCAGCUGGUGGUUUAAAUUUUCCAGAGCGACUUUAUGUCAGAAGAACUAUGGGAAAUUUAAAUGGCAGCUAGCGUUGGAGCCAAGUCUUAGGGGCUGAGGUCUUUCCCCCCCUCCAAUAAAAUAUCUGAGGGGGUGCCCCCCAGUUAAUGGGCACUACCAUCCAAAUGGUGUGCGCUCGCUGUGUCUUGUGAUUGAUUAUGCUGGGUGGGGCUUACCUGCCCCCCCCUCAAUAUUUUAUUCAAGUUGGCACCCCUGGCAGCUAGAGCCUACCAUCUAGUGUGCUGCUUGAAGCACUGAACUGAUAUCCGCCCCCCCAAGUGGGAGGAAGGUAGGUGUCAGCAGUGGGUCUUGCCACAGAUUCCUGCAUUGCAAGGGGUUGGGGUCCCCUCCAACUUUGAUUCUAGGGUGCUGGGCCCCCAGCAGCGGGCCAAAGAUGCCAGGUGCUGGCACCAGUGCUGUGUAUAACUGAAGUAACAUCACUUACUGUUUUGGGCCGUGUUUCCCCACUGCGCAGUUUCCCCACUGUUUGAAAGCAGCUUUGGAACUGUGAAUGGAAUCUGAACGUGCCUUGUGCAAGGCACCCAUCUCCAGGGUGGGGGUGCAAGGACAGAAAUGGACCCUUGAAUCAUGAGGAACACAUGUUGGCUGAGGAGGAACCCCACCUCACUUUUUUAUUUACAAAGUCAAGGUCUGAGCACAUCCUGCCAAGCAAAAGAUUGCCACACAAUGGGAAUUGGCUGUUGACUAUUUCUCUAGUUGAUUGCCCAUGUUUCUCUGUCAAAAACAAAACUCCUGGGAGGAUUUCAUCAUGUUUGUACCACAGACAGACAACAUGUAGCUCAGAUUAUGCAACUUGUCCCGCUGUUAAGAUCCUUUUCCUAAUAGUUAAUCAAACUCUUAUCUUGACAUAACUUGUGUUCCCAUAGGCAAUGAGUAAGCAACUGUUCUCUGUCUUUUUGAAACAGAACAGCUAUUGACUGUAGAGAAUAAGGAAUAAUUCAGCUGUGCACUUUUUAUGUAGUAUUACAAGCUUAUGCAACUUCUGUGCUCCUUUUUUCACCUUUGCCUGUAGAAUGCCGCUGUGUAAAUCAAGUUUGCACUCUGCAGUAUCAGCCGAAGCUAAUCCAAUAAAAGCUAUUGCCUUAAUUUCCUUCUUUUUCUACCUUUGGGGAGCCUGAGUAAUGGAUUCUAAGUAGCACUAAGCCUUUAUGACAGGAUGGGAUAUAACCCUAGUGUUUUAGUUAGGAUUAUCUGAGAUACGGCGCACCUGCUAACGCAAGCGCAGAGCAGUAGUUUAGUGCAAUGAUGAUGGAAAGUGCAAAUAUUUGAGUAAUGAGUAAGCUUACACGUUCAGCUCAGAACCAGUGUGCUGAUGUUCUAUUUGACUCCCUCGUAAAACUAUUUUCUUUGCAGUUCUUCCUCUUCUCUUCUGUGUGAAGUACAGAAACUCUUGGAAACCUCAGUAGCCUGAGUAAGGGCUGUGGUUCCUGGUUCCUAACACACUCUGAGGGACAAAUUCAUCGAUGAUGAAUGCAAAGGAAGCUCAGGCAUGCUGCCACAUCAGCACCCCUUUGUGUGGUGCACAUGGAAUUGCUGUGCUUUUUUCCACAUGUGAUACUCCUCUCCACAUACCCCUCCCUUUUCUGUAGGAAAACUUUAUAUAGGGACCAGCAGUUUUGCUUUGUUUAAAUUCUGUGAUAAUGUGUGGUGCCGUUCUCCUUUCAGAAGCUAGUGCAUAACGUAUUUUGUGUGUGUUUUGGGGUGGGGGGAACAUGAUCAAAAGGAGAUUGUACUGCUAAGCAAUAGCUGUAAGGGAUUGUUGGUAGAGCAUUCUGAAAGAGGCUGAGAAAGAGUGUUUUCAAGAAAGCUGCAUGAAUAAUUAAGAGCAGGUAUUAUUAAACUAUAACUCCCCUGAGCCUCAGCAUUAGUAUUCCACAUGUCAAUAUUGGUAUAUUCUGUGCCUGGUGGUCAGCUAAGAGACAUUGGAUUGAGGUUAUAGUGAUGUGUUCUAGGUGCUCAUUAAUUAAUAAAAUAAAAUAAGUUUAAAUAGUUAUUAAAUGUAUAUACCUCUGUUCAUUUGGGGAUCACCAGGCCGUUUACAGUAUAUCAUGCUCUUUGAUGCUUAUAUAUCCUUUGUCAUUCUGCGAAUCUUCAGAAAAUGUGACAGACAGCAGGACAGAAUAUGAUGUUUGAAUAAUUGGAUCAGUACAGUGGUUUGAUAAGGUUCUUCUUUCUUACCAUGUGUUUAAUGCAGCCCAGCUUAUUUCUGACUGCUGUAUUCUGUUACAAGUCUAACCUAAUGGUUAGCAGCUUUAGGACAUACUCACAAAGCGGUCAGUUUAGAGCAAAAUGCAGUUGUACAUCUGUCUAUAAAGGUGGCAAGCCUUUGAUCAUUGGUAAUGUCUGUUCUAUGAUCAAGGCAUAUUCUAGCAUGAUGUUUAAGGAGAGAUUGUUCUUAAGACACAGCACGUCAGUAUUUGUUUUAAAAUCUGAAACAUUUCUCAUGUUUUGAUAGAAGCUCAAGCUGCCUGGACCCCUAGAUAUGUAAAUACUUUUAAUAAAGCAAACAUAGUUGGAUAAACUAGCCUUGAAGGGCAUUCUGUAGAAUACAUAGUUGCCACCACCCUAGCUGCAUCUGGUUUGGCUUCCUGUGACACACUUUACAUGGAGUUGCCUUUGAAGAAUGUAAGCAAACUUCUGAUGGUGCAGAGGGCAGCAGUUGGAGGUUUUGCUAGAGCUAGUUCUUUUGAAGCAUGUGACUCCAUUACUGUUUGUAUCCAUUGCUGGCUCCAGCCUUUUUCCAGACCUGUUUAAGGCCUUUAUCGUCUGUGGCUCAUAACCAGGAUUCUUACAGGUUCACUUCUUCCUACCUAAACUUGCCCAUCUAGUUAGUUGAUUGGGAGCAGAGCCUUCUCCAUAUCUCCUGCCGUAAGAAGCUGGGCUGUUGGUGAUUCCAACAAGGGGCUUCUUCCAACAUCAUGGAACUUCCUGCCUAAGGAAGUCCGCUUGGCUCCUUCACUGACUGCAUUCAGACACCACCUAAAUACCAUUUAAAAUUUCUGCAAGCCUGUGGCCUCACUGCCAGAUUUGUCUUCUGUCCUUUGGGUUUUUCUCCUUCAAAUAGUUUUAUUUGCUGUGGUGUUGUUAUUAGUUGUUGUUUUCAAGUUGCUGCUGUUGAUCCUUGUAUCUCAUGGUAGUCGAAAGGCUCAUGAGCUGGACAAGUGGGCUGUACAUGCUUUAAAUAAAAUAAAUAAAUGACAGGCAAGGGCCAGAAAUCUGAAUAGCCUCUAUGAUGCAAUAAGUAGCGGGAUGCAGCUGUCUACCAUGUUAAGACAACACCUUCAUGAGAGCCUGGAAGCUUCCACUUAAAGGACAAGUUGCUGCUGCCGUGCUUGUGGGCAGAAACAAGAGGUGUGAGUGCUGUUUUCCAGCAGCUAGAGAUUAGGACCUCAUUCUUGCCCCAUCCUCCCUUUCUGCCUCAUUGACUCCACUUCUCCUGUGCCGGUGAUUCAUGCAAGAAUUCCUCAUUUUCUUCUUGCUUAUCCAGCCUGUUCUCUGCCAAAUUUCUAAAUCAGCAAAAUUUCAAAUCUUCUUCCCAGAAUCAAGUAUGCACUUUCCUACAGCUAUUGCUCAAUUGUCGUCUCUGGUUGCUGCAUUUGAGUUUUUAAUUUUGAAUUAAAUGCUGCAGCCCCUCAUUGUAGACAUUUACACAAAGCCUGCUUAUCAGCAGUAUUUUAAGGUAUUUUUCACACAUGAGGUACCUAUAAUGCACCUCAGAUUUUGGCUAGAAGCUCCCAUUUUAUUUACAUUUGCUGUUUUAAAUAUUGUGAUGAUGGGCAUAAAUCGCAUAAAUAGCACAGUGCAGAGCUCUUUUCUGGAGUAUUGUAUGUUAACAGUCUUAAGUGCCUGUGGUUUCUCUUACUAUUGCAAAAAUUUCUUAUAUACAAGCAAAGUGAAGCUAAUUUUUUCUUGGUUUUUCAAUGCCCGAGUAAACAAUAUAAUCUCGUAGGUUGCUUAACUUUUGACCACUGCUAUAAUGCAAGUUACAAAAUUCAGGCUUCCUUACGUAAACUUCUAAUUUGAAAGAUGAAGAGAUUGUCAAAUGGCUGGAAGGCUCAGUUUCCUUCCUUGAUGGUAUCUGUUUCACUGCCAUGUAGCUCUGCUGGGGCUGAAUGUAGUAUGUUUCAUGCACUGCAUUACUCUUGAUUGAAUCUUGUCUGUGGGUCUAAUCAGUUGACCCAUUUGGAUCAGUGAGGCUUUCCUCAUAGCUGAACUCAACCUGAGUUCUUCUGAAGCAGGGUUGAAAAAACACUUGUACAGUUUCCAAAGGGGAAGGCACAUUAAGGCUGUAGUUGCAAAAACUAUGAUGAUUCUUAUGGCACCUUCAAGACUAGGGAUGGGGAAGGGGAUUGAAUUCAUGUCUCAUUUGAAGCUGAAUUUAUCACAUUCGCUUUUUUCAAAACUAUAUGCAAACCAAAAGAGAGAUAUCUGUCAAAUUUCAUACUCAUCCAAAUUUUGCUAUGCAGUUUGCCAACUAAACAAUGCUUACAAAAAAUGCAUGCAUUCGGGGAAAGUGUGCAUAAUUUUUUCUAAACUUUAUUUAUUUGGUUUUUCAAAUUAAAAUUAAAAAAUUGUGCAUAAAAAUUAAUAUUUUGGCAAAAAUAGCACACAGCAAUGCAUUAUAUUAGGGGAAACAGCUUGCAAAAAUGUGUAUAUUAGUGAAAACUGCACAUAAAAAUGUGCUUAUUAGGAGAAAUUCACACCAAAAUGCUGCUGAAUUUUCAUGAGGAUUUUAAAAAAAAAAGUAAUUCUCAUAUUGCUGCAAAAUGUCACGGAGAACGGAAUUUUAGUUCAGAAAGAUGAGAAUCUAAGAGAACUGAAUUUGACAGAUGUGUCCAUCCCUAUGCAAGCCUUAACCAAUUUAUUAGGGUAUAAGGCUUUUGUGGAAUGGAUUCAUUUCAUUAGAUGCAAUAAAGCAUUGUUCUCAAUUGGUAAGCAUGUGUACAUGAAUAUAUAGAGUGUGUGUACAGUACCUGAGUAUAUGGUGGGCAUGUACACGAGUGUAGGAGGGAAAUUGUAAGCAUUGGGGUCAAAAGGCAAUGAAAUUAUUGCUUUGCAGCUGCCUUUAUUGAAACUGCAGUAGAUGAGAUCCAAGUAUACUCAUAUUGCUUUGAAGGAAAACAUGUACAUAAUGUGGCUUUGAGAUGGUUUGUAGGCACCCCAUCUCAUUGGCAUGUAUUUUCAUUACAUGAGGCUUAAUUUGAGGCUGGGGAAAAAAAUCUCUAAGCAGCAAGGCUGUGAAGACUUGGACACCUUGGUAAGGAACCAAAUUCUUGGCUCUGUGGAACUGCCCAAGGAAUUGCUAUGUGUUCUUUAUUCCUCCUCAUCCUUUCUGCUAGUUCCUAGGAGGUCCUUUGAACUUGUGGCACCGUUGGUGUCUCUUCUCCUACCCAAAUAGGAAUCUGUUCCUGCUUUAAGUCUGAAAAUAUUUAUUUUAACAUUUUGCCAGUCUGAAUAUGAGAAAAGGCAGGCCCUGGGAAAAUAAGGAACGGAAUAGAAGGAACGCAACUCAAAUAGCAUUUUUUUGUUUUGUUUGGGGAGGCAGAGCGCGAGGACUGGAAUAUGUUCUUCAGCAAGCAGGUGCCAGGUCCGCAGGCACUCCAUAAAAAACCAUCUCUUAAUGCCUGUGUUGUGGCUGCAUUCUGGUCGUAAAAGCAUUUCCCACAAGGAGACUGAGCACAGAGGAGAAGCAGCUCCUUCGGUGAGAUAUGGCAUUGACCUUCCUUGCUCUGGAAACAAUCUCUGCUCCAGCUGUUUAUAGUCAGAAUCACCUGCUCUGGGUUGACUUGAACAAGCCGUGGGGUUAAUCAUGCAAACUUCAAUGAACCCCAGGCCUGUUUUUGCAUGCAGCGCUCUGGUGAUUUAUGGUGUGAUCUAGCAGCUUAGAAAGCUGCCAAGCCCAUGACAUCCCCACUGGAUUGUAGUGAGGCCUGCAGCAGAAUCUGGAGUUAUGUGUGGCAGUUUCUAAAAAUGGAAUGUUCACGUUCCAAAAGUUCACUUAAAAGUUGAAAUAUAGAAAUUUGUUGAGCUAUGUAGAGUUCAUGGGAGGUAGUAGCUCAUCUCCUCCCUAUUGUGCUAUGAUGAGAGUUUCUGUAAUGAUACUGCUAACAAGUUAAUGUAUAUCAGUGAACAUGCAUGCUGGAUUUUAACUUCCUAUCCAAAUAAAACCUGAAGUUUUCAGUUAAUUUGAACUUCAAAGGCCAAAAUGGUUUUAAGGCCAAAACAACUUUCACUGCUGCGAUGUUGUCAUAGCUGCCAUCUAAGGAUCAGAAGCUGCUGCUUCAUUAUGCCUUAAUUAUUCCUCUGUGCCACAUUUUGAGAACCAGCAGAGACCAAAGCUUGAGUGUUCCAGUUCGUGAGAACCUCUUCCUUGCUCCUCCUCUUGGAGCAGUAAACCAAGUACAAACCUUGACUUCCACUUUUGGUUUGUUUGUACUGAAACAAAGCACAAGUGCUGCUUCACACAUAAUGCUAAGUGAGUGCUGGGGGCUGUUGUUUUCCUCCUGGGGUGGGACAGGGAGGAGAAGGGUGGACCCAGCUGAACAGCAUGAACCAGCACACUGAUCAUUCACAGGAAUCCAUAGCUUGUGACUUACUGUUACACACAAACCAAGCAUCUUCCUUCCCUUCCCACUUUUUAAUCAGGACUGGCUCCAAAGCAACUAUAACCUGUUACAAAGUUAACUUAUAAGGUGUUGAGGAUACAUGAUUGUGUGUUUAUAUAUACACACACACGAAAUGUGAACAUUUGACAUGGGCUGCUGUUUGAGAAACAGAAAUCGGAAAUCCAUUGGGCACAAAGAACUACUUUCUCAAUUCUUUGGAUCCUGGCCUGGCCCUCACCUCCCUCUAAAGCAGGGACUGGCCCUCUGGAUGUUGUUGGAUUACAACUCCCAUCAGCCCUAACCAUUGGUCACACUGUUUUUGGCUGAAGGGAGUUGGGAGUCCAGUGACACCUGGAGGGCCCCCAGGUUUCUCCACUCAUCAGCAGUAGAUCCAGGACACCAAGGCGCAUGCUGGAAGAACUUAAAAUCCUUGAAAUGGAAGGAAUGAUGCUGCAGUGGACUCCCAUUUUCAGUGGAUGAAUUUUCCCAUCUGAAUCACUUACCUUCCGCUGGUUGCAUCCUUCCUACAGUACCUUCAUAUUGACACCUUCCAUUUUAUCCAAAACCUAACUUUUCUAUGAUGUCUUUGGCUUAACCCCAAGUACAUGUAACUGCAUUCGCCCAUAUUCAUCAUCUGCUGUGAACUGUGCUUCGCCCCUUCAUCCCACUAAAUCCCAUCUCAUGUUUCCUCUCCCUCUUGAAGCAUUCAGAUCAUAAACUCCUUGGGGCAGGUAUUUGUCUGUCUGUCUCUGCCCCCCCUUUCUCUUUCUUUCUUAUUGGCUUUUACUUGAUGAAGAUACAAAGAGCAGGAAGAGGAAAACAAGCCAAUUGUCAUUCUGGUCUUCCAUCGUGUUGCAUAAUGAAGUUUCAUAAUAGCCAGGUGAAGUGGUUGCUGCAGAAGACAGUUCAGGGAAGAGUAGAGAAGCCAAAUGGCAGUUUUACCCAGCCAAGCUGAUGGAGGGAACUUCAGGGUUACCCUGAAAAGGCAAUUUUAGAAAGCUGAACUUUUAUUAUUUAUAAAGCACAUAAUACUUUAACCCCACUGUUUCACCUCUCCUCAGCUGCAGUCAAGUGUGCUGUGUUACUGGGUGCAUUGAUAGUGCUGUACAAACAAAUUGGCCAACUCUGUUCUACUACAUAUUUGUAGCAGGACCAUCCUUGCUUGCCUUAUACCAGUCAAUGAAUGGUUGUGGACAAAGCUGCAAUCCUGUGCACAUGUUCUCCAAAGUAAGUCCUACUAAACUUAAUAGGCGUUAUUUCUCAUUCACACAUGGAAGACACUGCCUGACAAUGCAUUCAUCAAGUGACAGUUAUGCAGGUAUGCAGUGACCUUUGGUUGUGAUCUGUGUCUUACACAAUUAUUUCCAUUUUCAUAUGGAACGCAGGGGAAACAUGACAUAAAAUACCCAUUCAGAUUAAAUUUGGUGCAUCUCUGUGGGGGUACCUCAUCUUUAACCCUGGCUGGUUUGAGAGCAGUUGUGGACAUUGGUGGAUGUCCUGGGAAAGGGUAUCCCAAGGUUUUGCAGCAGUAAGUCAGACUGACCACCUCUAUCAGGGACGGGGAACCUGUGGCCCUCCAGAUCUUGCCAGAAUACAGCUCCAGUAAUUCUUGACCAUUGGUCAUUCUUCUGGGAGUUGACAUAAAAUAACAUCUGGAGAGACACAGGUUCCUCAUCCCUGCUCUGUAACUUUUUGCAUGCAUGCAUACCAUACAAAGUGAACUUCAGUGACAAAACAUUAAAUGAUGAAGUUCAGCUUUCCAUAUGCAUGCUUGAAACUUAACCGUGAAGAUGUCAGGACCCAUUUGUGAUUGGGGGUAAUCUGUUACCCAGCUACCCUUCCGCUUCACCUGUGUUUCCCAUGAACUUUGAUAUGGUAAACACAGCUAGAGGUGGGCAAACAUCUCAACAAAUGAAACAUAAAGGGCUAUUGGGAGAGAAAGUGUGUCCUUGCAAUUUCCAGAGGCUGUCUGCAAGACCACUCUCAAUUGCCACCCUGUCCAUGUGACGCACCAGUAAGUGAGAACAUUUAUAACUGGCCUUGUUUGUUCUGUUUAGCCAUGCUGUGUAUCAACACAGGACUGUUUGUGUUACGAGUGUAGCAGACAAGAUCAGCCUACAGAGGGACAUGAGCCAAUAAUUUAAUGCUGAACCCAACUCCUUUUACUUUUUUAAAAAAAGAUCCUUUAUACCAUCCUCAAAGCAGGAUCUGAUCAUCUGGCAGCCAUGAAACCAGUUGUCAUCUCAGCUUCUCUGUGAGGCUAAACUGAUGUGCCAUUUGCAGAAGUGGAUAACUGGGACCAAAAAAGGCCAAAAUGAUGCCCAAAACAUUUGGCAGAUGAUUGGAAUGAUAAAGUCAACACUGAGCAGUUUUUAGCUUUGUGGGUGGCUUCAGGGAGAGCUGAAACCUUUGCCAUGAAACUUUCAUAAAACCCCAAAUAUUAUUAUUUAGUCCCAUCAGUAAGUAGUAGUAAUUGAUUUAUGGGCGCUGGUUAAUAAUUCCUAUUAACAAUAAGCCCGAUGUGGUUUUAGGAGAUUCACAAACUGGCUCUGGAAAUACUGUAAUGCUGGAUUGUAGAAAUUGUAUUAAGUUCAUUUAUGGGAGCAAAGUAAGGCAGCCCUUUACAAAUUAUGUAACUUUCAAUCCUGCUGUAGAGAUGAGCCUUGCCUCUUUUCUUAGUUCACCAUUUUUGUAUGAUCUUGCCAACCUGCUGCCCUCCAGAUGUGUCAGACAGACUACAACUCCCAUCAGCCUCAACCAACAGGGUGGUAGCUGAGGCUGAUGGGGAAUUCAGUUCAAAACAUCUGGAGGGCAUGAGAUGGGUGAAAAGUACCCAGUUCCUCCUGUUUGCAAAUGAUCUUUGUUUCUAAUCUAUUCUUUCUUUGGAGAUUGUGAAGAGGGAACCUGCUGGCUAUGGUCAAAGAAGACACACACACACACACACACACACACACACACACACACAGAGGCAUUAAACUUCUCUGGCAGGGAUAUAAAUAGCUGGAAUUACAGACCAGAAAAUUGCCAUGGGGGAAAAUGCAUUAGUUACCACGUGAUCACAAAAAGGCCCAUUAGUAUUGUGUGUCUGUCUGUGUCUGGGAUCCAAAGUGUAUUCUUCGACUAGGAGCAAAAGGUCAUGCUCUUAAGUUCAGUCAGAAAAAAGUAAUAAAAUGUGGAACCCUCUGUCAUAGUCUCUUCAAAGCGUCUUACAGUGGAGACUUUGAACACUGUGUUUUCCUCCUGUCUUUGCUAUAACGGCGUGCAUGUCAUAUAUGACUUUUCUGUUGGCAUAAAAAACCACAGUCCCUAUCCCAAGCUUGCAACUGAACUAGCUUUGCCCUGUUAAUGCUAGUACUCAAAUGACCGGAGGGUUGGCUAUGGCUUUUUCCAAAGAAGAUGCUCUCUGUGGGUGCUCCUCCUCAGUAGGCUCAGAGCUGCUGUUGUGUCCUGGAAUGCAAUCCUGAACCCUGAAAAGCAGGUUUUUGGAAUGGCUCUCAAACAAGUCUGCUCCAACCCAGAGCUCCCCUAUCUAGCCAGUGGUUUGUUUGGACUUGGCAGGGGAAAAGUUAUGUUGGACCAUCCCAUGGGAACUGCUCUAUAUUUUAUCUCUUUAGAUAUCUGUUUCUAUAUUGUACACACAAAUGGUACCAAACUGUUCUUCCUUAGAGAAGAAACAUUUAGAGAGAUGCACUUCAGACACCCAAGGAUUGCAUUCCUUAUAUUAAAAUUAUAAAUGGCAAUUUUGGUACUAAGAGGAGAUACAGAUACAGGAGCCACAGGAUGGUAAAGACGACAUGACUACCUACAACUUGUACUAUAUGCUUUAAAGAAUAUUGCAUUUCUCUGUCCAGUAGAGGGGUCUUCAAAGUGGAGAGAAAUGAACUUUCAGUGCCAGAGACUUAAAUUUUUUGGGGGGUUACAUGUCCUCCAAAUACAAGGUAAUUUUUCUUAGUUUGGCUUCUGUUGACUCUCUACCUAGUGCACACCCUUAAAAGUACCGUAACCUUCAGUUUUGCUAAUAUAAAUACUUUCAUUUUUAUCUUGUCUGGAUGUCAGAAAGCUGAAGUCAUCCUUGUGUUUUGACGAGGAGACAUAACCAAAGUAACUGCUAAAUUUUAUAUCUUCAAAAAUGGGGAAACAGCAUUUUUGCUUCUUUGUCUUAGUAGCCUUGGGUACAUCUUGCAAAUCUGUCUUUCCCCUAGUAAAGCUAAUCCAAUUAUGACUGCAUAACUCCUCCUGCACUCCAUUUUAAGACUGUUACAAACUGCAGACUUUGGGACGACAACAUGCCCAGCCUUUUCUCUCUCCAGCCCCCCCCCCAACAUUCAUAGAGCAUGAUUAAAAGAGAUCUGGAGAAUUUGAAAGCUUGCUUACUGUGUCAUGACUCUAUGACACACUGUGGCUUUGGGAUUAUUCCUUUUGCUAUGUGCCUUUUGGGAACCUGAGAAAAAGUCUUCUGGUUUCUGGGUCUUGCUUCUCCUAGCUGUGAAAUGCUAGACCAGGCAUAGGCAAACUUCAGCCCUCCUGAUGUUUGGGACUGCAAUUCCCAUCACCCCUAGCUAACAGGACCAGUGGUCAGGGAUGAUGGGAAUUGUAGUCCCAAACAUCUGGAGGGCCGGAGUUUGCCUAUGCCUGCGCUAGACACUAGUAUUUCUCUUCUUUCCUUGUGUGGGAUUGCCUACUGGAAAUGCUUGAGUGCUAGAGUAAAGGCUGCACUUUUUGGUAGGGGCUUUUGGGAUCCACGGCAGCUGUGCUUUCCAAACUCCCCCCCCCCCCCCCGCAUGAACCACUUAAAAAUUGUGCAGAGUCUUACUGAGUUUUCUGCCUGUUGUAGCAGCUGCAUUAGAUGCUAUAUGAUUUUUAAUUAUAUUUUUAUUCUAUAGAAUUCAGGCUAAUACAAUAAAAUGCAAAAUAAGAGACAAAAGAAGCAAUUUAAAAACAAUUCAAAAUCAAAAUGAAUACAGGCAACUCUCAAUUUGCCUGCGUUUGCAUGUGCAACUGUGUAUGCACAUGCUGUCUUUGGCACUGAAAGAGAGUGGAUCGAGGCGGAAUGCGGUAGGCUUACGCCUGCUCCGCUGACAUACACACACAGAACGUAAGGGGGUUUCCUGUAUUUAAUGCGAUGGAUGUGCAGUCUCCCAUCUGCAACCACAAAUCCACAGACACGCUGUUGACACCUGAAUGAUCCCUGUUGUUCGCAGACCACAGUUUGGGAACCUCUGUACUGCACUUUAUUUAUAAGAUUUUAGUCUUUGCUAAAGUAAAUGUUUCCCAGAACUGCUUCUUGCCUUGAUACCCUGUCUGCUAUAAAUAAUCGUGUGCACUAAUCCUUGCAGGUCCCCCUUAUUCUGUGACCCUGAGAAGAGACUCUGGGGUUGUGUCAGUUCCUGUGAUACCUUAUGCUGAACUGCACCUGUCCAUCAAAUAUGAUUGUAUAUAUACAUAUUUUUUCCUUGCAUAGCAGUAAUAUUCACGUAGGAAUGCAACCUUGCAUGAAGUGACCGUAAGUAAACUGAACUUCCUGAAUUGGUGACCUGAAUAUGCAAAUGCUGGGUUGGCAUUUUAUAAUUCCAAGGAACAUAAACUCCGUAACAUGUGGGGUUUUAGAUUUCUGCUUUAGAUAAGUUCACAUUUCAGUUCCUUUUUCUAGUUGCUAUUGAAACGUUUCUCCUUACUCUUAUCAUUACCCUCCCCUUUUCCUUCCUUGCUUGCAUGAAAUAAUAAAACCCCGACUGGCUCAGAAGGUAACUUAAGCCAAACAGGCAUUAAAUGGACUAAUUUCCUGUAAUAUUUUCAUCCUAGUAACAAGGCUCUGAAAGACAAUUUUCUCCUUUUCUUCACCAAGGCAGGCUCACAGGAUUACCAAAAAAGUCAUACAGAAUAGGGCUUACUGCCAACUGUUUGGAUGAGGUCUGACUCCCGGUGUUCUUACCACACCUGCUUUGCAUGCAGAAGGUCUCAUGUUCUAUCCCCAGAAUCUUCAGGUAGGGCUGAAACCACGGAGAACCAUGACCUGCCAGCAUAGACAAUACUUGACUUGCUAUGAGGCAACUUCCUACGUUCCUUACAUGUGUGGGGUUGUAGAGGUGUGGCUUGGGAAGAGAAAUCCACAGCCAGAGGAAUCCCUUCUCUAGAUUAAUUUCCAGCAUUUUCUGCUUGAAACCUCUUCAGAGCAAAGUGUUGCUUGCAUCAAUAGGCAUUCCCCACUGUACAUCUGGCUCAAAGGCUUGCAUGCCGCUGGCUGGCAGCAGAGGAGAAAAUGUCAAUAAUUGCCUUUGACAGCGUGACCACGCAUGGUCACAAGGGUUUGCGAUGCCGCUGUCUUCAGCCUGACCUUCCUGAAGCCUAUUGCAUUUUUCAGAUUCUUGACACCAUGGAGUGAUGUUAAGCUGAGAAAGUCUCUGUCUCUGUCUAGAGCUGGGGCUAUGGGGGGUGGGGUGGGGGGGCAGAGCCUGAAAUUCUUCAGAUCAUCUGCCCUCCAAUUUCUGGUUAGCCUGAGUGUGAGAUCAGACACUGAAGCUGACCUCUUUUUAUCUAUGACCUUGGUGACUUGGAAUUGUAUCCUCUAACUUUCUAGCAAGUGUGCAUGGAGCCUGGGGCUGAAGGGGGCGGGGAACGGUGGAUAUGGAUUUGGAAAGCUUCUUUUCAGUAAGUUAUGUAUUAUUAACAAGUGUGGAGGCAUUGAGAAGAUCCCCAUUAAACCAUUAGAAGGUCCUAGGCUGACCUUGCGAACCUCAUGCUCUCCAUUAAGCCUGUGAUGAGAAUUAGGCAAGGGCAGCCCAUUCAUGAGGCAAGGUGAGGCAACUACAUCAGGUGGCAAGAUCCACGGGGGCAGCAGAUUCAGCCUCCAAAGAAUGCAUUGCCCACCACAGUGAUGGAUGCAGUGUGCUCUUUGGAGGCCAGAUCUGCCACCUCCUUGGCAACCCCCCCCAUGCCACUUCUACAGUGGGCUGUCGGAGAAUAGGAGGUGCUCCUCUCAACCCUAGGGAGGAAAUGCCAAGGGUUGCCCUCUGGGGUUGCUUGGGGUCUGCACCCACCUGGCGUGAUUCAGAGCAGGCCCCUUCCUCCCGCAAUGGCCUUUGAUUCCUACUUCAGCCAUCUGGUAAGUAGAUGUUCACUCGCCCCCUUCUUCCCUGGUGGGCUGGGAGUGGUACCAUUUUGUGGUUUGCCUCAGAUGCCAAAAUGUCUUGGGCCAGCCCUGUAAUUAGGGUGGGGCAUGUAUGCAGUCUGGUGCUCCUUGGAGGAAAGGAGGAAUAAAAAUGUACUAAGGCCACAUUCACACUAUACAUUUUACUACCAUAAUACUGUACCACGUUAAGCAGUCAUGCCCCCCCCCAAGAAUUCUGGGAGCUGUGGUUUGUUAAGGGUUCUGAGAGUUGUUAGGAAACCCCUAUUCCCCCCCCACCCAGUGGUUUAACAGCAGUCGUUCUUCCCAGGGAACUCUGCAGCGUAGCUCUAUGAGGGGAAUAGGCAUCUAGCAACUAAAUAAAAAUAACAAAUAAUAAUAGCUGUGACAGCCCAAGGCCCAGUGGAGCCAAAAAAAAUCACCCUUGCAAAUUCACCCAUCUGCAGUGCAGACCACAUGUAUCAGUCGUCUGCUGGCCAUGAGUCUGAUGUGUCACUGAUCUGUACAUUUGGUAGGAAGUUGGAGUAAAGGAAAUGUCAUUUUCCCUCCCCGCUUUCUCAAGUAACCUCUCAGGAUACAAAUUUAUGACAAUACCUUUUGAAGUGCUUUGAUCUUGCAAUUGGGCCCAGAUUUUUAAAGUGGGUUGAAGCAAUCUAGACUUGAAAGCAAACAUCUUCACAGUGGGCACGGAGCGGAACGACAGAAGGCCUCUCCUCCUCGAAUUCCUCUUGAAACAAAUAGAGCUUGCAUGCGCCAGCUCUGCUUCUCUGGACAGCUUCUUGAUCCUUAUCUUGGAAACUGGAAGUAUUUGGUGCAAACUUAGAUGCUGCUCAUUUAUUGGUGUUUUAGGAAAAACAAAAGCCUCUUGCACAAAACGAAAUCAUCUUCCAGCAUCGUGUGGGGAAUUUGUGGGCGAAGCUCCCCCAAUGGCAUUUUUGGGGGCACACUGAGAGUUCUCUCGUGACAGGUUUGUGUUACUUAAAUACAGAUUGCAGCUAAGCAAGGGAUGGAUCGGGAUGUCCCAGAGAUAUGUAACUGGUCCAGGCUGGGACUUUCCAGGAAGAUGCAGAGGCCCUGAACUUGGCACUGCUUAGAAGGGAGGAAAAACGCCUUUGGGCAUUGCUGCAUAAUACAUGACCCAACUCCUUGAAAUGUGGGCCCUUUCCCCCUAAAUGAAGAAGGGGUGGGGAGGGGGUCAAGAUAUAUUGUCAGCUCCUUUUCAGCGCUGCUGUUUUCUGUUACUGGAUACAGAAAGGGGCUGAGGGAGGGGAGCGAAGCCACCUGUUGGAUUUUGACACUUGGCGGGGGGAGGCCAUUGCCCUUUUCAACAGUGUCUGCCUGUCCUCUUUUUCUCCCUGCCUGUCUCCCUCGCUGCUUCCCUCCCGUCUCUCAGGGUUCUGUUUACAACCAUCCCAUUGUGGUUCUUGGGCUGGAAGCAGCUGGGUGGACUGUUUCAGGCUCAAGUGUAAUUUCAGCUUCUUCAAAAGCCUUUAGAGGCCACCCCCCCUCCUCCCGCAAUCCCGGCCCGCUCUCCCCUCUGAAGAGGACAGCCACGCCAACAAGGGGAUAAUUUGAUGGAUUACUCUGCAGGGCUGAGAGGCUCUUGGCUAAUCCCUUUUGUGUGUCUGUUGGACUAGACGCUGAGCAGAAGCCCUAGCCUCAGGCAGAGAAAAGGCUGCUCAGCAGGGUGGGUUUUACACACUGACAUAUAAAUGCAAGGACUCUGGUCAUGUGGUGCAGGGCUUUAAUCCCUGCCCACUACCAUGGCCUAGAGGUUAAAGGGGGGGCACCUGUUUGGGGCUGCUUUAUGUUUUUCCCACUUGGUUUGAUUUACAUUUUUAUUCUUCUGUUAAUAAUAACUUGGAGAAGCAGGAGGGGGGAAGCAGACAAGAUGUUGGAGCUAUGGGCAUAGGCCGAGGGUGGGGCCCCCGCCUGUCUUGAUGCCAGUGUGUCUGGAAACUCUGGCUGCUCAUUUGACCAAACCUUACGGGCGCCGAGUUGUUAGCAGAUCUCCGUUUCCUGCACAGAGUUGCAGUUCCCAGAGUAGCAGAACAACCAGUCCCAGGGAAUGGGUCAGCACCCUUCACAAACUACAGUUCCCAGGAUCCUUUGCAGGGGGUCAUGACUCUUUAAUAUGGGAUGGUGUUGCUUUAAAUGUAUGGUGCCAAUGGGGAUUAAGACUAUACAGUAAAAAUGAAUGGAUAGCCAAUUUCGGACUUUAUGCCUAAAGCACACACUCUCUCCUGCUUUGCUUAAUAUUUGUCCUGAUGAGGUUUUGGUGGAGUUGAAAGCUUUGUGGCAUUUUGGUUGGUCAUUAAUUCAUAGUAAAGGGACUUUGGAGGGUUAAAAAAAAAAGCAGUGGUUUAACCCUUAGCCAUGCAUUCUGACAUAGGCCAUCUCUUUCUCUGCGUAGUUUAUUUGGUGGGUUUCUUUCUGAGAAAAGCUUAUUUAUUUGGCAUGCAAAGGAGUGACAAAUAUCCCCCCAGGAGAUGACAUCAUUGUCCCCGAUGUAAAAUACGUGGUGGAACUGUGUCCCUCCCUGUCCCUGCUACCAUUACAUCACUGUUCUCAUCACCCUUGUGUCCUGCACUUUUUCCGCAGAAUUCAAUUUGGCAUGUGUAUGAGGUGAUUUUAUUUUAUCCCCACAGGUUAGGCUGAGAAAUGGAGACUUCGAGGCCACCCAGCGAGCUUUGUGGCUGUUAGGGCUCUGUGCCAUACACACUCUGCCCACUUGGUCCCCACGUUUUGUGGCUACUCUUGAGACAUGACCCUGUUCUGUGGCAUAGCUUCUAGUACCUUUUACGAAAGAAGUCUAAGUUUCAGAAAAGGCGGGCUGCCAUGUGAACCCUUACUGGUACCAUAAUCUGUUAUUUUUGCCUCUGAUUUUCUGGAGGGUCUUGUUUAUUUACCAUCACGUUAGUACCAGACCCCCUGACCUGUUUUAUCUCCUCCUGCUGUGGUCAUCUUUAAUGCUUUUGAUGAGGUAUGCUGUGGAAAAAUGAGGUGGUAGCCAGAUCUUUCUCUCCCUCCCUUUUUUUUCAGUGCCCCCACUCAUAAAUCCUCAUUCACUCCUGUUUGAGUAGCUUCAAAAUGUUCCAUCCAAUGCUUGCCUUAAUUUUAAUCGUUCAAUUUUAUUUAUAACUCUUGUUUUGAAACAGAAAUAGUUUUCAAAUGGCUGUUACUGGCACACCCCACCUCCUUUCUGGUGAACGUAGGUUGCUGAAAAUCAAAAUGGAAUCUCAGUGCUAUAAAUGACCAUUUUUUAUUUUGGAAAGUCAAAACAAUUGACAGGUGGGUGUUGUUGUUGGUUGUCUUUUGGCAAAGAUGUUAAGAUUUACUGCACAAUACGGUUUAUGUUUACACAGAGGAAAGACCCACUGUGUCAAAUGGCAUUUGUUUCCUAGCUAAGUAUGGGGAAAACCGCAGCCUUAGAGUUUGUACGCAUGGUGUGCAAAUGUGUGCUCAGAGCUGGAUGCAGGUGUCAUUUGGGGUUGCCAUACAUGUGAUACCAUCCCCAUAGCAUCCCUGCCUCGCAAUAUUUGCCAAUCUAAAAUCUCAAUCUAAAGCUCAUUCUCCUGGAACAGUUAUAAUCCAUUUUGUGCCAAGAAUGUACUUCUCAAGUGCUUGCUGCAUACACAGAGAGCACUUUCAGAUCACCUCCUAUUGGAACAGGCCACACCAGGGGUUUUCAACCUUUUUGAGUCCACAGCUCCCUUGACCAACUACAUUCUUUCUGCGGCACUCCUGUGGGCCUCAGGAGCCCAGUUAUGUCACCCCUUGCCUGCAGAGCUGGCAGCCUCUCACCCUUUUUCGAACACCCUCCCUUGUGGAGUGUUCCCUCAGCUUCUUCUCCCCUGUCCUUGGGAGUCCUCUGGGCAGCCACUGCUGUUGCCCCUGCCCCAAAGAGAGGUACCUCCUCACACUGCCCCACAAGGGCCUGAGAUUUGUCUGUCCAUUUCCAACAGCAAGGGCUGGCAGACUGGCUGGCCGGGCUCCCUCGCCCGUUUCCUUGCUGACCCCAAGGCCGCCUUAGCUUCUGGUAACUAGCACCCCCUGGCCAACCCUAGAGGCACAAUUUGCCUGGGGAGCUUGUAGCCAGGGCUGCUACAACAAACAGCUGUGCAAGCCUUUGGGAGACAGAUGUGAGAGGGCAUCAUAGGAAGGGAGGGAAGGAAAGGGGGACAGAGGCCAGUGUUGCCCAUGGCAUCCCUGAUCAUCCUUCAAGGCACCCCAGUGUGCCGUAGCACACUGGUUGAAACCCCAUCACCAUGUUUAACUUGUCCAUGAAUAAAGGCAGAAUAGGAAGCAGCACAUUAACCUGUGACUUUAUACCGUAUACUGUACACUGUAUACACAUCCCCACCUGUAUACACAGAUAGUAGCUGCCACUUUAGAAGACGUUAUUGCGCAAAUGUGUGUACACUUGCAAACUGCUUUGUAAAAAAGCACACUGUGAAACAGUGACCCCUGUGCAUUUUAAGGCCCACAUGUGUACAGAACAUGAAGUUAAAUUCUCACGGAAGAACUGAGAAAUGCCUCCAUUUGGCAACCGAAUGCUGAUUUGUAAAUCUUAGAGAGGAGACUCUACAUUUCCAGAUUGUGAGGUUUCUUGGUUCUUUGCAUUUGAACCCAGGGAAGCUUCUAUAUUCAAACCUAUGUUUCUGCCUUCCUCUUUGGAUAAUAAGGGAUUUCCAGCAGCAUGUCAUUAGCCUUGCUGCCUGGUAUAGGGCCAGUAAUGUAAUCGAGGCCUCAGCUCACCGGAAACCUGGAGCUAAUUCAGGGAGAUGAAAUGAAAUAAAUUACAACUGUGCUUCCAUCCCUUCCCUGCUACAGAACACAUUUUAGGAAGUGGGGGUGGGGAAGGGGGUCAGGUGAGUUCCAUUCCAACAUACAACAUAGCCAGAAUUACACCAUGGUGUAUUUCAUAUUCAGCCAGUUGGUUCCAGAUUUUCUGGUACAUUGGCCUUAAAUGUAAACAAAAUGCUCUGCACGCGAGCCAUAUUCUAGUCAAGAGCGACAGUCUGGGCUAGAGAUCAGGGACAAGGCUGGGGGAAAAUUGAAUUCCAGGCCAGAGACUGGAAAGGAAAGAGACUGACCACAUAACAACUGCCCCCCCCCCAUUCAUGAUUGAGAUCCAGCAUGUAUAAGCUUAUUGGACUGUUACCCAAAUAAAGGAGUACUAGUCAAUUAAUUACAUGUGUUCUAGUUGGCUUUUAAAUCUAUAUAUAACAGUGAACUUUUGAAUGGGAAAGGAGCAUGUUUUUACAUGAUGAAUGCAUGUAUUGUGGCAGGCACCGAGUGAGGUGUGAAUGUGUCCGUGAAGAGAGAGAGAGAGAGAGAGAGAAGAAAGAAUGCCUCUGUUAAGAUUGUAUUAAACCACCCUUCUCUCUUUCUUUUUUUGGGGUAAAUUAUUCCACCAACUAUAAUUAACUAUUUUAAAAAGAAACCAGUCACAGUAUAAUGCCCCUCGUUCAGCCUUUGCCAACCUGGUACCCUCCAGAUGUUUUGGACUACAACUCCCAUCAGCCCUGAGCCAGCUGGCUGAGGCUAAUGGGAGUUGCAGUGCAAAACAUUUGGAAGGUUGGCAAACGCUGCACUAGUAGUAGAUCAGUAGCUGAGGGAACCUGUGUGAGCAUUGGAGAGUAUGAGGAGAAGAGAGGUGGGCAGGAGAGGAUUUGCUGCAGUGCCCAUUUGCUUUUGGGCCAUUACCUGCCACCCCAUUGGCUCCAGUUUUCUGUCCUUCACAGGUAUGGCCUUUGUGCCCUCCUGCUUUCCAUGUGGGGAGGGCAGAUUUGGAUUAUGGCUCGCAUUUUUUAAAUCUAUCUUUUUUAAAAAAGAAAACUAUGCGUAGUUGCCAAGUCACACAAUUUCACACAUUUAUGUCCUGCAAUGUUUUAUUUUAAUUUUAAAAACCAAAUUUGGUCCAAUUUCGUACUCGUAAAAAUACCCGAAAGAGAUGCCAGAAUUUAAUUUAACACAGCUGCCCUGAGGGAAUUGCUGUACUUUGCGCUGGGAUAUAUGUUUCAGAAUUUGCACUGAUGCCCUGCCUUUACUCCAUUAAUAUUGGUUCAGAUAUUGCCUAGUUGUGGAGUACAGUCUUCAUAAAAGUGUUACUAACAGGCAGCUUGUUUGGACUAAUGAUAAAACCACGGUUUAUCAUGACCGGAGACAAGCCACAGUGAGCUGCGCUCCAGGUUCAACCUUUAGCAUCUCCAGGUAAGCAUAGUUAAGAUUAAUUGCUUUAGGGCUUGGGCACUUAGGCCUGGUUAGCACACAAUGCUAAGCCAAACUAUAAGAGACCCCUGACCAUUAGGUCCAGUCGUGACCGACUCUGGGGUUGCGGCGCUCAUCUCGCUUUAUUGGCCAAGGGAGCCGGCAUACAGCUUCCGGGUCAUGUGGCCAGCAUGACUAAGCCGCUUCUGGCAAACCAGAGAAGCACAUGGAAGCAUCGUUUACCUUCCCGCCAGAGCGGUACCUAUUUAUCUACUUGCACUUUGACAUGCUUUCGAACUGCUAGGUUGGCAGGAGCAGGGACCGAGCAACAGGAGCUCACCCCGUCACAGAGAUUGUAACCACUGACCUUCUGAUCCGGCAAGCCCUAGGCUCUGUGGCUUAACCCACAGCGCCACCCGCAUCCCUAAGCCAAACUAUGCCUUAGCAUGAAUGAGCAAAUGUGCUGGUGCACAAUAAUAAUAAAAAAGCCACUGCUUUGCCCCUCUUCUGCUGUUCCCUUGUUACUGAGAGAACUUGAGCUCGUGGAUUGUUUCAUGCCAAACAAACCAUGGACUGUAGCCAAAGCUUGUUCUUAGUUUACAAUUCAUGAUUUAUUUGGGGGGAGACAAACCAUGAGCCUGCCUGGGUUCAUGCACAUUACUAAGCCAAACCAUGGCUUAGCUCCCAGUAGCAUGGCAGCAGUGGGAGGCAGGGAACUUCAUGGCUGAGUGGGGAUUCGAACCCUGCUCUUCCAGGUCCUAGUCCAACACUCUAACCAUUACGCCACCCAGCAAUCUUUGAUCACUGGGCAUGCUUUGUAUACAUUGGACUAUUUUAGGUGUGUCAUUCCUCUGCCCCCCCAUAUUUUUUCUGAAGACUUUCCUUGUGUGUAGAUGGUGCCAUUUGGGGUACAUGAUGAUGAUGAUUUGGGGUACACUCACCUCUGAACUUCAGAUAUAGAGUGAAGGUUCAUGAAUCCCAUUAUUGUGAGCCACCUUGAAGAGACUGCAAAGUGAAAAAGCAGCAUACAGAUACUUUAAAAAGUUCCAGUUCUCAACAGAGGCUGUAAAUGAUAAAGGAAUUAAGUGCAUAUUUGAUGUUACAAUACAGUUGGAUACUAGCACAGUGUUAAAUCCUAUUCUUUUUCGGUGAGAGUAACUCCUCUUGGAAGGAUUUUCUGAAUUUUGAAUGAUUUUGUCCCUGCCCAAUAACAUUUUCUUAAAAAACACUUGUGACUGGAAGCUGGAAAGUUGUGUGUGUGUGUGUGUAUCUAAAUGGGGAAGUGUUUUAUCUGGGCUUGGCAGCUGCUGUAGAAUCCUAUCUUUUUUGCUCUGUCACUGUUGUCCAGCUUGCACAUCCAUGAAGAAAAAGAGCUGUUUUCCACGACUUUGCAGAGCAAAAUAGGAGGAGAGUUGUCCUGAAACUGCAGGAAUGCUAAACAUCCAGGCUUGUUUGAUUGCCUGGCCAUUAUCAGAACUGUGCUGUCCUCCCAAGCUGUGCUUUUAAACCUUCCCUUUGUCUAGCUUUCCCCCUUUAAAUCAAGUUGAGGCCCAGCCCACUUACCUGGUUUCCAGGUGAGGAAGUUCUGAUGAGUUGUUCUGUUGUUUCUUGGGGGGAAAUGUAGUUCAUUUUUCAUCAGGUAGGGCUUGUGUAUACUGUACUGUGUAUACCUUUUUCAGGAGAAAGCAGACCCGUCUCAGCUCUCUGCCUGAUCUGUUUAGACACCAGUGACUAUACUGCAUUCAUGAAAGGCAGUUGCUUAUUUUUUUAUUAAUAAAACUGCAUAUUGCAUAAUACAAAUGCAAAGAGCAGAUGGUUUAUAGAUGUAUUCAUAAUUCACAGCUUAACAGAAUAUGCAUUUAAGUAGCAAGAUAACAUCUGAUCAUUUUAAUGGAAAUCUUGGAGGGGAUUAAACACACUGGGACAAAUUGCAUCUAUUUACUUAGAGACAGUUUGAGUGUGGAGGUUAGUUUCCAUUGUAUCAUUACAUUUAGCAUCUAUUUAGUAAGCUGGGCUAGUUAGUAUACAGAAUAUCGCGAUACACUCUUUGCCAGGAAUGCUUACAGUCCGUGGAUGAAUACAAGUCAUUUACUGAGUGGCAGCUUGCCACAGGAACCCCUUUCCAGUUGGGUUGGGAUCCAGCUACAGGUCUUCCUGGUUGUCGUCCAACACACUAACCACUACACCACACUGCCUCUCCAAAUAGGAACAUAUACCAAGCCAGACUAGUGGUCCAUUUAGCUCAGCAUUGUCAAUUGUGCAUUGAUUGGCAGUGGCUCUUCAAGGCUUCAGAUAAGGAGAUGCAGCAGAUUGAAUUUGGGAACUUUUGCAUGUCCUUUGCUUACGGGCUACAGUCCUUCCCGGGGGAUAUCUAUUUCUGUGCCUUACAUGCAGACCUUUUUGCCCUUCAUGAUUUCCAAUCCCUUUGCAGUAUCCAUCCAUGUGUCCUUCCAGGUUUCCACACUGCCAAAAUACCCAAAUCCGUCAACCAAGUGUCUUUGAAAAUAAGCAGGUGUGCGCAUGCUGGACUGAACUUUGGUGCAGAAUUUGGCAGAAUGUCUUUGACACGGAGUUUCUGGAGAGGGGCAGGUGGGCAUGUGGCCAGCAAAGGUGUGAACAGGACAACUUCAUUACAGUGAUGGGACCACUGCUUUAUUUUCAGCGUGGUGGGCUCCAAAUGUACCUCUGUGGCUGGGACUCUUCCCCUAUAUAGCAUCUCAUUUGACUGUGUGCCUACAGAUCCGGUCUGCCAGCAAACCUGUUGUGGUGGAGAUCAGUGGUUUAUAAUAUAUGCUUGUUCUCCACAGGGACUAUUAUUUGUAGCCAAACUGGCACCUGCCAAAUGCAGAGUAUCAAAUUAUCCUAACAGUUUCCCUUCUUCCGCCACAGUUUUUCCAUACAACUGAGAAAUAACCUGGGGCAGCUCCACCCCAUUCAUUUAAUGAUGGGGGACAAUGCCCGGGUCAUGCUGCUUGUUCUCCAUGCUAAGUUUGCACCUGAAACUGCAGUAAAAAAGGAGCUUUUCGAAAAUAAGCCGCAGUUGUAUUAGGAACAGCACAACAUUGGUUCUCCCUUGGGUAGUUCUUCCUUUUAGUUCUGUCCUAAUUGAAACGGUCCCAGACCAAAUCCUUAACUUGGCGUAGCAGCCAGAUCUCUUGGCAUCUAUGAAACUUGGAUGAAAACAGGGAUAAGCAGACCAGUUCCUAUAUAGGGGCUUUGAGACAGUGAGUGCUAUACAGUGACAUUGUACUGGGUAAGCUGCUCAUGGAGUGCAUAAGUGUGGCAUAGUUUUUAUUCCAUACUGGUUCUCUGCAGAUGAUCUUGCAUCCCACUUCAGUACCAACUUGUCUGUUCUGAAGACCACGCUCACAGUAACCUGUGCUGUCAAGGCUGGCUUUCCACUUCUGGGGCCCCCACAGUCCCAUCCCAGGUAGGGCUCUUGUGCAUUUUUAACAUCUGUGCGAGAAAUUCAGCAGAAUGAAGCAUUGCUUUCCAUGAAAUGCAGAGAUUUCGUUCACCUGUUGGAUUACUGUCUGUAAUGCUAGUGCAAAACACUGGGAGACUGAGGAGCCCUCUGGACAGGGAAAGCAGGAAAGUUGUCAUUAGCACUGCGAGGCUUUUAAAGAAGGUCCUCUGCUCCGUGGCACAGUGGUAUUUCCAGAAAGAGAAGCACAUAGCACAUUGUAAGUGGAACAUCAAUGUUGCAUCGGGCACUCUCUCUGUAAAACAGGGGUUGGCAGACUUCAGCUUUGUUUUUUUACUAGAACCCCAAGAUCUGCCUACCAAAACGGCAGGAGCAACAGACAUUUCGCUCAGGGUUUCUUGGAGCACAUUCCGAGUUUAGGAAUUGGUUUGCAUUACUAAUUGCUGUUUUUAAAAAGCAAUUUUGUUGGGGAUAUUGUCAAACCAUUGCUGAUCUGGAAACCUUUGAUCUGGAAACCUACUGCAAAUCUACCAGUAGAUCCUGAUCUAUCGCCUGUUCAUGCCUGCAAUAUACAGUAGUUUGCAAUGUGGAUUCUUUGGUGAUGGCAACAGCAAGGGAAAAAAAGGCAGGGAGGGCUCCCAAACCAAAUAGGAUAGGUGUGCUGAGUAUAGGUUAACUCCUCCUCCUUUCUGCAAACUAAUGCACUACCUCUUAGAGUGGUGCACUCUCUGUGUCUGGGUCAGGCUCACUUUGUUGAAGAAGCUUUGUCUGAGGGGAUGAAACCAAUGUGCUGGGAGCUCACCUGUUGCCCCGCAGCCUCAGAAGAGAAUCGGGUGAGUUUGUUCUUCGCGUUAGAGAUAAGUGGUGGUUUUUCAGAAGUUUUUGGAGGCAGGAAUAGCAUGAUCCUGUUGCUUUCUUGACUGUGUGCUGUGUUUUCCUGUUUCAUCCUGUUAAUUCUUCUGAUCUCCCUCCCCCCUCCCCCUCCGUGAAGAGAGAGACAAAUGUUUUGAGAGAAGCAGAAUUUCACAUCCAAAGCUUGACGGUUGUGUGACAUAUAAUUAUUGAAAUAUUGCAGCAGGAAAUUCUACUGGGGACACAUUCCCCCCCACCCCAUAAACUACUAUAGUAGGGGAAAGGAAUUAUGUGGUAGCCAGGAAUUUCUCUCGGUUUCUGCCUGUUAACACAUCCUUGCCUUCAAUGUGUGCCAAUAAAUCCAGGCUAAAGGGUAUGAAUUUAGCCUUGCAUGUGAGAGAGAACAUCAGGAUCCUAGGUUUUGACUUGUCUGGUGUUUAGUAUUGAAGCAAAGCAGAAUAAUAGACUUGUCAUCUAGUCCAACCCUCUGCAAUGCAGGAAACUUUUCCCCAAUGUGGGGCUCGGACCCAGGACCCUGAGAUUAAGAGUCACAUGCUCUACCGACUGAGCUAUGCUAUUGAUCUUGAUGAGGGAACUGCAGAAACUGGAGAGACCUAGAAGAUGGUCUAAUUCAAGCUUUACCAGUUUCCCCAAUAAGUACGGUACUAUAUGAAUCAUUUUGUUACAGUAUCUCAAAUGUGUGUCCUCUAACCAUCCCUGUCAUCUGGGGAACUUGUUAAGAGAACUUAACAGGACUUACUUAAUGUGUAAGAUCAAAAGUUCUCAACACAUCCUUCAUCACAGUCCGUGCUUUCAUCUUUAGUUGAAUCAUAUAGGACUGAUGAAUUCAAAGCGCUUAUGACUGUGUGGGGGAAGUAAUCUCAUACCAGUGCUCCAUCUAACCAUCCUAAUCAACAAUGUAAUGAGCAAAAUGGUGUCCUUUAUAUGUAUGGAGGGGGGUAUGUGGAUGGGUGGGUUCAUUUGCCGACUGAGUAAAUCUUGCAGAUGUGAAGAACUGACCCUUGCCAAGUGGGUCACUACUCAGAAUUAUUAGAAAGUAGUCGGUAGAGCAUGAGACUCUUAAUCUCAGGGGUUUCAGCCCCAUGUUAGGUGAAAGAUUCCUGCAUUCCAGGGGGUUGGGCUAGAUUAUCCCUUUGGUCUCAUCCCUUUGGUCUGUGAUCCCACAAGAAACACAACUUUGGGGUGUAAAUAGUUUUAUCCUUUCCAGCUUUGAAAGCUGGGGAAACCUCCUCUCAUCUGCAUGAUGAUAUCUACCCACAUUCCAGCCCUCUCCCCUCCGCAGUUAGUUAACAGUAAAGAUGGGUUUCCAUAUUCGAGGAAGAAGAAAAACCCAUUGGGAGUCUAUAGCAUCUCCCUUUAGGAGAUGAAGGAUCUUGAGUUGGCUUCCAUCCCCAAAGUGCUGUGCGCUAACUUCCCCCCUGUUUUGCUCUACGUGGCUUGUGCAUCUUCUCCCUCUACCUUGGUCAUGGUUUUCCCCCCUAAGCGUACAAAGGAAAUGUGCUCUUCUGUAGUCUCAUUAAAAACCAUGAAGAUGGGUGAGAGGUGAAUGAAUUGUUUGGAGAAGGGAAGGAUGUCAGGCAUGAAAAUGUCUGUACCAGUUAUGUGUAGAAUGAAGAUGACAGCCCCAUGAACUUCUCAACUCCAAGCAAAGCCUUUAAGGACUAUAAUUGCUUCUCCGGCGAAAGGUUGGUGUGCCUGGGAUACAGUUGUACACACAGGCUUUCUCCAAAGCCACAUAAAUUUCAGGCAGUUAACUACCUAAUAGGAGUUGGCUUCUUCUGGGUUAUUCCUCUGUAUAUACGAUGACCUCAGAAGAAGUUAGAGAGGCGUGGGCCUUGCGGAUUACCUGGAUGCAUCAUGCAGCCGUUUGCCUUGGUUGGCUGUUGGAGAACAUAACUCAGUGACAGGCCUGUCAUCACUUUCCCAGCUGAGAUAGGUAAGUCUUGAUGUGGCAAUGUCUCCGGAGAGUCUGCAGGGAGAACGCCUUGCAAAUGAGAGGUGCCGCCGGCCGGCUCAGUAAAGGCAGAACUCUUCAUAUUUUAACACUUGAAAAAUUCAGGCACCUUUUCCAUUAACUGCUUCCCAAACCCCGAAUGUUUGCGGUGUACGGUAUCUUGGUCCCCCUUUUAAAUUUUGUUUUAGAACAGGCAUAGGCAAACACGGCCCUCCAGAUGUUUUGGGACUACAACUCCCAUGAUCUCUAGCUAACAGAACCAGUGGUCAGGGAUGAUGGGAAUUGUAGUCCCAAAAACAUCUGAAGGACCAAGUUUGCUUAUGCCUGUUUGAGAAGUUUAUCAUUUGACUUUUAAACUGAACAUCACUGUGAUGAGCCCGUGAGGAUACUUCUCCUGAAAGGCUUUUAAAAUACUUUAAUUAAGUCAAUUAAUAAAAUUCGACAUGGGCAGGUUUCAUGAUGAUAACAAAUGCUGGGGAUUGGCCAUUGGUUGAAUUCUCCUGAACAAACCCAUUCAGAUGUCCGUGGUCUGCUCAAGAGAGGGAUACUUCCUAAGUCACAUGGGCUCUGUGUCAUUGUGUGUCCCAUUCUAGGAAAUGGGACUACCUCAAGCUGUCUUGAGAGGGCUGUUUCCUGCCUGUUUUUAAUGGUGUUUCUCACUUAAGAAUUCUAUCCCUUUUAUUAAAUGACCAAAAGAGUCCAGAAAGGAAGAACAAACCUUAAAUUUGGAAGAAUACUGUAUUCCUCUAAAGAAAAGGGAGUAUCUGUGGGCACCAGAUGCGUCUGAUUCAGACGUUGUGGUUAAGUGACCUCAGAAAACCCCCCACUUUUUAGCAUACCCUUUUAGAAGGCUGUAGAAUUUUUAUUUACAUUCUGCCAUAUAAUAAGUCAGACUGUUGGUUCAUCUCGCUCCAUACUGUCUACUCUGACUGGCAGCAGCUCUCCAGGAUUUUGGGCAGGGAUUUCUCCCAGACCUACCUGGAGAUACCAGGGACUGAACCUGAGACCUUCUGCAUGCAAAGCAGAUGUCCUACCACUGAGCUGAAUUCCUUCCACAUCUCCCUAACUCUGGUGGAUUUUGACAUAGAAGCACAAAAACUGUAAAUGUCCUUGAUCUUUACAUGCUGGUUCAGGAACUGGUAGGAUACGUUUGCCCCAGGGUUUUUUUUGGGGGGGGGCAUUUGAGUGCAUGUGAUGCACACUGGAUUUUGGCCUGUACCAGAAGUCUAAACUUGCUCAUUGUGGAAGGUUUGCUGGUUCUUAGUCCCCUUAUUAAGGGAAAACUGCUUUGUGGCCUACAUAUUGUGGGUAUUAGCCUCAGAGCUCCAGCAAAGACAAACACAGUGGCUUAAGGAUAAACUGCGUGCUAAAGAGAUUCAUUAUGAUGGAAUAUUAAACUUCCAGUUUUAUAGCAACAGGUAAGGCAUGUCUUAGAGACAGUAGCGCCACCUACUGUUGUAUUUUGGUGUUUCUCUUAACCUGUUUCUUAGCAAAGGUGGAUUGUGUUUCAGGCACAUGAUGGUUAGGGUUAAAGUUCUCUCUCAAAAGAAGUGUAUGCUUAUUUGUCUGCAUGCUUCUUUGCUCUCUUAUUAUAUACAUGACUGAGCAGUUGCUUGGUAGAGAGGGGAAAUGUUUGAAAGGCAAAUAAAUAGCUCAGUGGCAGUAAUUUGGGCAUCAGAUUAAUCAGUAUAUUAACUACAAUCAGAGUCUAGGGGGUUGGUUUUAUUGGAGGAUAUGGAACAAAACAGCAUCUGUUUCGUCCAGCUACGUGCCCCCAUUUUGACAACCAAUAAGAAGGUAUGGUGUGUUUUCUUUGCCGAGAAGGGCUCAGGAGGAAGCUUUGAGUUUGAAUGGGAGCAGCAAUGGGGACAGUAGGUGUCACAGCUAGUUCCUCAAAGGACUGGGGUGGGCACAGGUUUAUGCAACCAACUUUGCAUAAAAGUUGUAUAUGCUAAUUUAUAUAUGUUUUUCCAGGUUUAGGCCCAAAGCCAUUCUGUAAGCAAAGAAUAGAAAUGUUUUUAAAAGUGUGUGUGUGUCUAGGAUCCAGGGGCCAUCGCAAAAGACCUGAGGCUCAGGUUGUUGGUCAACCCCUUAAAUACACUUCUGCCUUAUUUUUUAUGAAACCCGUUUGGAAGGAGGAGGAAGCCUCAGUUCUUCCCCCCCUGGUUUUGCUAGCAGCACCUUCAGCAAAAAGCAAAAAUUAAACAGAAAAGUCUGCCUCCUUUGCUUCCACAUACAGCGGUACCUCUGGUUGCAAAUGCGAUCCGUUCCGGAGGCCCAUUUGCAACAUGAAAAGAGCACAACCCGAAGUGGCGCAUCUGCGCAUGUGCUGGUUGCGAUUCGCCGCUUCUGCGCAUGCGCGUGAUGUCAUUUUGAGCUUCUGCACAUGUGCGAGUGGCGAAACCUGGAAGUAACCCUUUCCGGUACUUCCGGGUCGCCGCAGGAUGUAACCUGAAAGAACAUAACAUGAAGCAAACAUAACAUGAGGUAUGACUGUAAUUUACUUGUUCAUGGCUCUUAAUGAUCAUUCCCCUCCCACUCAUUUCACUCACUAUCCAGCAUAUACCGCAAUAUUCUAUUUAGCAAUUCCUAAGCAGCACUGCUGUUCUAAUAGUACAGGUAUGUAGUAAUGGCACUUCACAUCUUCCCUCUCCGCAACAAGUUCAUUCUUCAUGAAUGAAAAUGCAGCAGGUUGGAAACUUGCUAAGCUCAAUCCUAUAUGUGUUUCUUCCAUAUCAGACUUAAGGGGCAGUGGCGCUUACCUGAUCUCUGGGUGGUUGUAUUCAGUGCUAUUUUUCUAGAAAAAGAGGUACCGGAACUCAGUACGGAUGUCUCCUUUGUUCUCUUACGAUGGCAAUAGAGCUCACCUGAGUGGUGCCAGAACUGAGUUCUGGCUGGGGGGAAAAAACCUGGUUGCAUUGCUCUUGCCAGAGGGUGGUGAGUUUGGCUUGGUGCAACCAUCCGCAGCUGUGUUUCUUUAAAAGUACCGGUAAGUGCCUGUGAGUUCAGUGGGACUUACUCCGCAACAGGUGCAGAAAGGGUUACAGUAUAUACCCUUGCAGUGCCAUCAUGUCCAUAUUUACUUGGAAGCCUGUCCUACUGACUUUAAUGUUUAUGCAUGUUUGAAACAUAAGAACAGCUCUCCGUGAUCAGCCCAAAGACCUAUCGUUCAGCAUCCUAUUUCCCAUGUUUGCCAACUAGAUGUUUCCUCUUUUAAAACCAAACUAGUGGCCAUCACCUCAUUCCCAGAGCAGUGAAUUCCAUAGAUGAAUCAUACACUGUGUUUAUACUUCCUCUUUUAAGUCCUGAAUUUACUGCCAGUUCACUUCAUUGGAUGACCUCCAGGUCCAAGUAUGAUGAGAGAUAGAGAAAGUCUUCUCUGUCCACUUUUUGCACAAAGUACAUAAUUUUAUAAACCUCGGUCAUGUCUGCUUUUACUCACAUUUUUUUAAAAAACUAAAAAGACUUGGAUGUAAAGGAGAUGUUUUAGCCCCCACUCCACCAUUCUAGUCGUUGUUUUCUUCACUUGUUACAGUUUUACACUGAUUUAUUUGAGAUGUUAUGGCUGGAACUGUACACAGUACACAGUGUGUGGCCGCACCAUAGAGUUGUAGAAAGGCUUUAUAAUACUGGCGGUGAUCCGUUUCGUAAUGAUUGCUAGCAUUAAAAUUGCCUUUUUCAUAGCCUUUUUUCAUAGCUGCUGAAAACUGAGUUGACCUUUUCGCUGAGCUCUCCACCCUAACUCUGGAUCUCGUUCUUGGUUAGGAUUCUUUUGCCCAAAUGCGCAUCGUUUUCUAUAUUUGCUCACGUUUGACUGCAUUUCCCACUUUGUGGCCCAUUCAUCCAGUGUCUGGUAGUGCUUUGAAGCAUGGCAGAUCAGCUGAUCCUUGCACUUCAAAAUGCCAAGGAAGACUCCUUGCAAUCCCCUUCAAAGAUUAGCUGGCUAUGGAGCUCCCCAUGGGGAACUUCGUAGUGCAGCUGAUUCCAGGGAGCUUGAGCUGAGCACCCAUCAGCUGAUAAGAGCUGACUUCAAACUCUGUUUUUCUGCUGUGCCUGGUGGCGAGAGCAACUCAGCUAGGACUGACUGUGCUGUUGGCCAGCCAGCUGACUGUCUGACUGGUGGUGAGAGAAAGUCUCCCUUUCCAGUGUACAGUUGGGAGCACAAUUUAAGGCUCUUUCCUGACUGUGCAUUGGCAGCUGCAUCUGCACCUGCCCCUUUCCUGAGGAUGUCACGUAUGACAUCAGGUGUGGGGCAGGUGGGCAUUGUGUGUGGGUAAACAGCCUUGUGUCCAAAUUGGGAUCUGUGCCAAGCCAGAGAAGGCCUGUGAGCCAGAGAUUCCCAAUCCCUGAUUUAGCCAGGUGGAGGAAGAUCAUUCUUUAUUGGGAACAAAGAAGCUGCUGUUAAAACAUGUUUUGAAGGUGGGAAAGAGUUGCAGUGAGGGUGAGCUACUCAGCGGAGGAGUUUGCUUUAUGGUUUCAUAGCAAUCUAGCAGUGUUUCCACUUCAGAAAAUUUGCUACUGAUGUAUGUUGUGCUCAGUUUUUUCCCUCUCUCUCUCUCUCUUUCCUUCUGCAGAAUGUGAAGCACUGGAAGAUGUCCAAGCUAUUAAUCUUCUCAUCCUGAGCCAAAACUCUUGAUUUUUACCAGCAGGCAACAUUUUAGAAGUUGUCCACUGCUGGCUAUAACAUGGCUGCCGACCUUUUGCUACUGAGCCACAAAAGAAAACACAGGACUCUGAAAUCCUGCUCUGGAUCAUCCUGAGGAGAACAGUGUUAGGUGCGCACAACUCUCUGAUGUUGCGGUGCAACGGUGGCAUGGCUCAGAGGGCCUGGGUCAGCAUGCUCUUCCAGAACCGCAAAGCCCAGCUAUUACUGGUCAACUCCCUGACUUUUGGCUUGGAAGUCUGUCUGGCUGCCGGCAUCACUUACGUGCCACCUCUCUUGUUGGAAGUGGGAGUGGAGGAGAAGUUCAUGACUAUGGUUCUGGGUAGGUGGCAUUAUUCAUGUUAUUGUUAGAUGGCCAUUUUCUGUGUGAGAUCUAGUGUGGUGGAAAAGAAGUCUACAGUAGUCCCUCUAUGUACAAUGCGUGCAACAUGCCCAUUAUUGUUGUAUGUACAGGGAGGGCCUCAAUAUGGUAACGACCCCAGAGGAACUGCCAGGCAGGUUUAAGAGAGAACUAGACAGGUUUUCAGGGAAUAACAUAGCUGUCAACCUUCCUUUUUGCGGGAAAUUCCCUUAUUCCAGCGCCGUUUCCUGCUGCUAUCCCAGAUUGUUAGAUAUCCUGUAGACUGUUCCCGGGACAGGUAAGGCUGCUGAUCCCUUAUUUUAAAUCUGAAAGUUAACAGCUAUGUAAUGGUGAAUUCAUUUUGGAUACCAAACCUGAGGGCUUCUAAGAGUCUGAAUUCCAGGGGGAAGAGAAGAUAGUUUUAAUUGUGCACUGGAAACUGGGGCUUUAUCUGUAGUGAAAUGGAAUCUCUAGAUAUGGUGCACACUGUAAUGCAUGCCCACUUAGUGAAACUUGAGGCCUAGUUUGCAUGUCAUGGUAAGCCACUAACUAUGAGCAGUAGCCAAGGUUUAGUCUGGUUUGGGUGGUACAAGAGGUACAAGACUAAAAAAUAAAUCAGGGAGCAGCAAAGUGGCUGUGCAUCUCUUCCUGGAAGCCUGCAGGUUUGUUUUUUUAAUGCUAUGUUUUUAUGUUGUGACAGUGACUGGCCCUAAGUCACCCAGUGAGCCUCAUGGCUGGGGGGUUGGGGUUGGAGCGCUGCUUUUCCAGGCCAAAGUUUGACUGAGUCUCUCCCCAGAUUAUGUGAGUGAUCUCAUGGGCCUGCAGAGUGACUAUCUUGUCAACUUCUUCCGCCUGAUGAAAUGACGUUCUUUUCCUCCCCUUAAUUCCAGGGAUUGGGCCAGUUCUGGGCCUAGUGUUUGUGCCACUCAUCGGUUCCGCCAGCGACCAAUGGCAUAGCAGCUAUGGCCGCCGCCGGCCUUUCAUCUGGGUCCUGUGUCUGGGAGUUUUACUGAGCCUUCUGAUCAUCCCUCAUGCACAACGACUGGCCAGCCUCAUUGCCUUGGACACCCGCUCCCUGGAGAUCGCCUUCCUUAUAACGGGCAUUGGCCUGCUUGACUUCUGUGGCCAAGUCUGCUUCACCCCUCUGGAGGCUCUCCUCUCCGAUCUCUUCAAGGAGCCUGACAACUGCCGGCAGGCCUUCGCUAUGUACUCUUUCAUGGUUAGCCUGGGAGGCUGCAUUGGGUACCUGCUGCCGGCAAUUGACUGGGACAGUAGCUUCCUGGCUCCUUACCUGGGGAGGCAGGAGGAGUGCCUCUUCAGCCUCCUCACCAUCAUCUUCCUCAGCUGCGUCUUGGCCACUGCCUUUGUCACGGAGGAAGUGGUAGCUCAGGUAGAAGUGCUGGCAGGCCCUGCAAUGAAGGAUUCCUCCAAGUCCCCGCCUCUGGCCUGCUGCUCUUGCUGGCUUCCAAAGAACUUUCUGAGGACCAGGCAUCUGGUCCAGGCCUUCAGGAGCCUGUGCGCCUUAGCCCCACGCCUGCACGGAGUCUGCUGCCGCAUCCCCAAGGUCAUCCGGCAACUUUUCGUGGCCGAGUUCUGCAGCUGGAUGGCCCUCAUGACCUUCAUGCUGUUCUACACGGACUUUGUUGGGGAAGGACUGUAUCAGGGAGUUCCCAGAGCUGAGCCAGGCACAGAAGCCAGGCGACACUACGAUGAAGGUAAUUUGAUUUCUGGGGGGGAUCAAUGCUUUAUGCUUAUGUCCUUCCAUUACAGCAAGUUUCAGCACCUAGACCCUUUGAAUUAUGCAACAGGAAAACUCUUUCUCUUACUUCUGAUAACUUAUGCAAGCAAAGCAGACUUUCAUAAAGUUACCCUUUCUAUUUACUGCAAAUUCUUGGUUCUUGCUCAACGUGGGAUUCUUUGGGAAGGAGGCAGGAAGUGGAGGGAAAGAGGAAUGGGUGGUGGAAUGAGGCCAGCUGGUUUCAGUGUGGUCCUGUGAUAGAGUUGGCUCUAGAUCUGGGAAACCAAGUUCUAAAACCUUAUUCAACAGUGCAGUUGCUGAAUUGCCCUGGGUUAGUGAUCAUCCUUAUAGCCUGAAUUCCCCCACUGUGUUAUAAAGGAAUCUCUUCCCCACCCCAAACAUCUGAAGCCCGGUGUUGUUGUUUUUUUUAAAAAAAGAACUGGGAGACUCAUUGGCCUGUAUAGUCAUUUCUAUGCGUGACGAGAGCAAAGUUGGGCGAUGGGAAAUAUGUGGCCCUCAAGAUGUCCUCUGUCAUUGGCCAUGUUAGUUGGGGCUGAUGGAAGUUGGAGCCCCAACAACAUAAGAAGGGCCACAGGUUCCCUGUUCCUGGUGUAUGUGAUGUGAAAGAGACUUUGGUAAUCUUUUGCAAUAUGGUGCCCUGUGCUAGACCAAAAUUUUGUGCCCCCCCAAAUGGAUCUUUGCAAUUGUAGAUCUUCACAAUUUUGUGUCCUCUCAGCUUGGCAUCUUGUGAGGUGAACCGCCCAUGGCACCCUAAAUCUGGCACCGAUCCUAUGAAACCCCCCUUGGGUGGUGGUAGGGAAAGACAGCUAAGGAGUGUAACUUACCAUUCUCGUUUGUACAGCAGAGUUGCGGGUGUGCCUUGUACAGAGUAAUACCAGACCAGAGUACAACUGAACUAGGUCCACAGUAGGACCAAGUAGAGUAGUAAUGACUGAAUCUUGGACGGAAGUAUAUUUAUUAUCUUGCAAACCAAGACCACUUUUGCAAUGAAGGGGACUGAGCCAGGGACCUCAUAUGUACAAAGCUGUACAGCUUUUUAAUUGCACUUAACUAAAGCAUGAAAUCUAGCUGCCAUCCUCCAACACAUAAAGUCACUCCUAUGGAGCAUAUUCUCUGCUCAGUAAAUUCAUUUGCUGACCUGGGCUCCUUUGGGAAGAAAGAUGGUAUAUCAGAUUAAUAAUGAAUAAGCAAAAUUGCCUUUCGUAAGAGCAGCUUUGGACAUUAUUUUGCCAUGAAAGCUCCCUGUGGAGGUUAAUAAGGAAAUCUGGAGUGUUAGCAUCUCCAAAGGAAUUCAGCAUUUCUUCUGCAGACGUCCUCAAGCUGGUAUUCUCCAGACAUUUUAAACUACAACUCCCAUCAGCUCCAGCUAGAUUCCCUUUUAUGUUGCAUGGACUUUGGAGACCAGCAAGGAGCAAAGCCAGAGAUAGCCAAUGUGCUGCCCUCCAGAUCUUACUGGGGCACAACAGCUAUCAUCACUGGCCACGUUGGCUCUGGCCAAAGGGAGUUGUGGGCAAACAUCACCCAGAGAACACCCGUGGGCAACCCCUGAUCUAUUGCCUCUUCUCCUUAACUUAAAAAGGUGCUUUGGUAAUAGGCUUUCUUGAAUACUUCUGCUAAAGCUACUUGGCCCCUUGCCUACCUGUUGUUCCCAUAUAAUAGUUCAUUUCAAGGUCUGGGUGACCCAGCUUAAAUGUAAGUAAUAUUUAACAUUUAUAUCCUGGUGGUGCCUUUGAGGCUCUGCAGAAUUGGAGGGUCAGUUGUGUACACACAACGAUGCUCAACAAUCUCAGAGCCAUGGCCAAUGUCAAGUUGUUUUAUGGGAAAUGCAUAAAGGAAAGUCCAAGUCUUCAGAGGACAUUGUCCUAUAAAUUAAUAAACAAAUCUUUGGAUGUCUUUAUACUUACCUCCUUAAAUGAACACGUUGACAAAUCCUAUAACUGAAGUCUACUUAGGCCUGAUGACCUUGCAUGUAGGUCAUCUGUUGGUUCUGCCAAGAGGAGUGACAGAUGUCUUCUGGACUCUGUGUUGGCCCUUCCAUUGCUAUUGAAGCAUAUUUCGUUUUUAAUGCAUUCAUAUUUUUAUCCUGCCCACCUCUUAAUUGUGAAAUGGGAACUUCUAUACAGGAACGGCUAAGAAACGCUUCUUAAAAAUUGAUAAGACUGAAAGCUGAACUAGCACUCAAAGCAUUGCAGCUAUUUGCCUUUAUGAACCUGGCUAUCUGGUUUGUCUGGCCCCUGGUUCUUCUCCAUUUCACCCAAUGUACACACGUCUCUUUUCAGGGAUUCGAAUGGGUAGCCUGGGCCUCUUUCUCCAGUGCAUCAUCUCCAUCAUCUUCUCGACAAUCAUGGACCGGAUGGUGAAGCAGUUUGGGACACGAAUGGUCUACCUAGCCAGUGUGGCCUUAUUCCCGCUGAUGGCCAUCAUCAUGUGCUUCUCUCAGAGUGUUGUCAUCGUCACUGUUUCUGCCGCCCUGACAGGCUUCCCUUUCUCAGUGCUGCAGAUCUUGCCGUACACACUGGCAUCGCUUUAUCAUCAUGAAAAACAGGUGGGGAUGUGUAUGUAUAUGUGUGUGAGAGAGAGAACGUCCAGAGAGUCUUGACCAAAGUGGUUUUAAUAGGGCCUAACAAAUAUGUGAGGGACACAGGUGGCGCUGUGGGUUAAACCAUGGAGCCUAGGGCUUGCCGAUCAGAAGGUCGGCAGUUGGAAUCCCCACGAUGGGGUGAGCUCCCGUUGCUCGGUCCCUGCUCCUGCCAACCUAGCAGUUCAAAAGCACGUCAAAGUGCAAGUAGAUAAAUAGGUACCGCUCCGGCGGGAAGGUAAAUGGCAUUUCCGUGCGCUACUCUGGUUCGCCAGAAGUGGCUUAGUCAUGCUGGCCACAUGACCCGGAAACUGUAUGCCAGCUCCCUUGGCCAGUAAAGCGAGAUGAGCGCCGCAACCCCAGAGUCGGUCACGACUGGACCUAAUGGUCAGGGGUCUCUUUACCUUUACCUUUAACAACUAGGUGACUCAUGUCUCUGAGCCAUUUACAUCUUUUUUUGCACCUUCUUUUUUUGCUCCAGUAGUGGUAGUGAAGAUUGAAUAAUCCAUUGGUUUUUAAAGCAGGAGUGGGUAACAUCUGGCCCUCCAGAUGUUUCUGAGCUCCUACUUCCAUCAGCCCUAGCAAGCAAGGACAAUGGUCAGGGAUGAUGGCAGCUGCCUUUUACAGCCAGAUUCUCAAUGACCUUGAUGGGGUGCUUCCAGCCUGGGCAUCAAAUGUGGCCCUCUAUUUCUGUCUAUCAGGACCUUGGGAUUCUCACUUGCCAAAAUCCCCUCCCCAGGCAACACUACCAUUGAUCUUGCUCUGUGCCCUCUGUCUAGAAGGUCACCCUGGAUAUGGGAUAAUAACUCUUGCUUGCUUAAAUGGAGGAGUGUGUAUACAGUCGUACCUUGGAAGUCAAACGGAAUCCAUUUGAAUUCCAAAACAUUCGGAAACCAAGGCGCAGCUUCUGAUUGGCUGCAGGAAGCUCCUACAGCCAGUUGGAAGCUGUGACAGACAUUUGGGUUCCAAAGAAUGUUCACAAACCGGAACAAUCACUUCCAGGUUUGCUGCAUUCGGGAGCCAAAAUGUUCGUCUUGCAAGGCGUUUGACUUCCAAGGUAUGACUGUCUGUGGAAAUCUCUGAAUUUUGUGCUGACAGGAUGUUUACUUAGCUCUGCGUUGGAUGCAAGCCAUAAUCCAGUGUUUUAAUAAUUCUAACUAUAUUACACUCUCACUAUAAUCGUGUUAAACAGUUGUUACAAUGCUUACAUGUCACUGUAUUACCUAAUUGUCGUGCUAUUAAGUGACAUAAUUACAGUAUUGCAUCUUGUUCAGGUUGUGCUGGAGGCAGAUGUCCCCCUCUUGGGAGGAUGUUACUGCUCUCUAAGCUUCUUUCUCCUUUGCCUGUUGUCAACCCUUUGUGUCUAUUUCCUUUGUUUGUUUGUUUUUGCUUUGCCUCUUUUCCCAAGUGAGUUACUCCAUAACAGCUGCUAGCCCAGUGUUGUGAGAGCCUUCAGACUAAACAUCUCUGAAGCUUCAUGCUCACAAGCCGUGUCAGAUACUAUGCUUGAUCUUUGCCAAAAGGCCAAGUAGUGAUACGAGCCACACACUCUGUUGAAUCAUGCUGAAAAUACCAUUGAGCAAGGAACACUAUCAUUUUUUUCUAACUGGUUGACUUCAGGUAGCACCUGUUUGAUGCAGUUGGUGAAACACUCUUAAAAGACACCGUUCCCCCUCCUUCUGUUCUCCAAAUGGUUAUAGAUCUAUUUGGACUUUGGAGUUGGUCUUAGCUGGGGAAAGAUUAUAUUGUCCCUUACUCCUUGCUAUAGAUCCAUGUCCCAACAGACUGAUGCUGCUCACCAACUCAGCUGCCAUCUUCUAUAGUCUGGGUCUUCUUCAAUUUCUGCUAAUGAUGUGUCAAAAGAGAAGUGCUUUGCUGCUGCAGCAGCCACAAAAGUGCUGCCUUCUACAAGGUGUUGCCCUGUACACUCACUGGCCCUGUUUUAACUGCACAGCCCUUAAACAGGUUGUAUUUUCCAUGUGUUUGGAACUGAAGGGAACUCCCGUUUCCAUCAAGCACUGAUCAUUUUCUGCCUAGUUUGUAGCAAAUUUCACAUUCUGUUGCUAUUUUUAGCAUGUUGCAUUAUAUUUUGUAGCAUGUUGCAUUAUUAUAUUUUGCAUUAUAUUUUGUAGCAUGUUGCAUUAUAGCAUCUUACCCUCCCCUCCCCCCUUUCCCCCCCUGUCCAUUUCAGAUAUACUUGCCCAAAUAUAAAAGUAAAGAAGAAGACGCAGCUCAGCUGGAGAAGAAACACGGCUUCCUCAAGAGCCACCUUCCUGGACAAAAAGUGACCUACCAGAAUGGACACGGCGGAAGCCUUUUCUCCCCGCCUGUUUCAGGCUCGGCUCUGUGCGUCAGCUCGCCCUGUGAGGUCUCUCUCAUCAUGAUGGUGGGCGACUCGGACAAGGCAGCAGCAGCAGCAAGCCGAGGCAUCUGUUCGGACUUGGCCAUCCUGGACAGUGCAUUCCUCCUUUCUCAGGUCAUCCCCUCCCUCCUCAUGGGCUCCCUUGUCCAGUUCACGCAGUCCGUCACCGCUUACAUGGCAUCAGCUACUGGCUUUGGGCUGGUGGCCAUUUACUUUGCAACCAAAGUGAUCUUUGACAAGAGUGACAUGGCCAAGUACUCUGUGUAGGAGGGGGAUAUGCUGCCAAGGGAAUUUCGCACAUUGAAACGGGUCAGGUGGUGCACAUUGCGGCCUCUUUCUCCCUGCCAGGUUGUGCUGUAAUGAGACGUGCAAAAAAACAGAAAAAAAAAGAAACCCGGCUCCCUCUGGUUGAAGGAAAAGCAGUGCUAGGCUGAUCUCAGGGUAUCUAACGAAAGGGAGUCUGGUUUACUGUUGUCUGUUUCUCCCUAAUGCCUUCAUUGAAGUGCCUCUGCACAGAAGCCCGCAGCAGACGCUUGCGGGUGUGAAAAGUAAAACACCAUCCUUUCUGCAGCAGGGUACUUGCUCUGAUAGCUUUGUCUCAUGGCAUGGCGGGAUGGUGACACAGUUCAGGAAGGGACCAAAGCUGUAACUAACCUCACUUCUUAAGCCCCUGCUCACACCAUUGCAAAUGGGAAGGGGGUGGGCGCUGAGAUGCACUUGCUGGACUCUCUCUCCAGAGCUGUGUGGCCUGCCAGCCCCAACCCCACGCUGUCUGAAGCAAGGGAGCCUGCUUGGCAUGAGCAGGCUUUCAGCAGGAUUCAUUAACAUUGCAGGCCCUGUGCUUCAGACAUGGACACAAUUGCCCUCGCAAGCCAAUAGGACUUUAGUUGUGCCUUUAAUACAUUGCUGUUGCUUGGUCUUCAUGUGGGAAUACUGAGUCGUCACGCCUAUGUAACAUAACAUUUUGGGUAUUGGUGUGAACCGGGGGGCGGGAUUUGUGAAGGAGAUUGCGGAUGGGCACAUCUGUAGAAACAACCCCUUCCCCAUAGUAGCUGUUCCAGAUGUGCUGCAGGUCGGAACCCGAGAUCAAGGUGGUAUAAAUAAGCUGAGCAGGGCUCCGUAGGAGGGGGCUUGUUUAGCAGAGGAUGCUGCGGUUGAGCUGGCGGCAAGUCUGCAGUGGCGUGACGGAAAUUAAAACCUUGGUCAUCAUCCGAUACUUUCCCCUGUGUAUGCCCCAAAUAGAGCUUGCUGUUUGUGCAAACAGAGAGGCUCGCAUAAACGUAGCUUGAAGAACAUGCUCCUCUGGGGGACCUGGCUUUAAGUGACUGACUGGCGCAGACACAUUACACUACCUUCCACUGUGCAGUCCUGAAAAAAAGAGGCCUAGUGUGCCAGCAAGGUUGAAAAAAUAAAAGCCUUGCUCCUGUUAAGGUGAUGUGGCCAGCCUGGUUGUGCUAAAGGGCUCUGUGUUGUUGUUUUUUAAAGCACACCACCCAACUGUGUUUUUGUAUACCACAAGGCAGAGGUUUUUUCCAGUGUGUGAUCCAGUAUUUCUACCACCCAGAUAGUGUAGAGGCUCUCCCUAGGUUGAGCAAGCUAUGCAAAGCAAACUGCUCUCUUUUGAAACAUAUUCUGUAGCUGUUGUCGCUGCUGCCAAGCAGUUUUCAAUGAGCCGUUUGCAGAGCACCAUGCAGUGCAGGCAGUUGUAACUUGGAGAGUGUGGAAAUUGCACAUCCAGUACCGAAAAAGAUCAGGGAAUGUAAAACUCUGUGAUUGAGAAGCCAAACCUCUUCCCCCAAAGUAAGAUACCCUGUCCUAUUGGGUUCAAGAAAUUUGAACGACAAAACGUUGCUGUAACUAGCUCAGGACCAAACUUGAUAUGAUGUUAAUUAUGUGAAUUCAAUUAAGGUGCACUUUUUGGGGGGUGGAGUGGGUGGGAUUAUAUUACUAGCAGCCUCAAAGAAGCCUGUACAGUCUCUGGAGGGACCACUGUCUCUCUCCCUGCUGUGGUCCUAACAAAAAUUACCCCUCUAAAGCUCCUAUUUGUAUGUCAGCAGAAACCUCUACUGGUGCCACAGGGAGCCUCCACCGGCACCAAAAACAAAUUGCUAGGACAGGAGAAAAGCAUCCUGUUCUCCCAGUUGUCUACCAGAUGCCCACAGGAAGCCUGAAAACAUGACUUGAGCGCAGUAGCACUCUUUCCUUAUACUGGCCACCCCUGGGAGUUGUAGUUCAGGGCCAAAGUUCAGGGCCAAAGUAGGAACGUGUCAACCAGAGCGAAGGGGACAUUUUCUUUAAUUUGCCUCUUCCACAUUCUUACUCAGCCUAUGGACUCGUCUAGUUGCUCUUGGCCUUGAACUAACAGAAAUGAACGGAGCGACGGCUUUCACCAGUUUGGGAGGAUGGGAGGGCUUAUCUUACUAGCAGCAACCCUCCCAACACCUGUGACACCUCUCCUCUCACAGCUAUUCUACAAACCCUCUAGGGCAGCGGUUCUCAACCUGUGGGUCCCCAGAUGUUGUUCGACUACAACUCCCAUCAUCCCUGAGUUCUGGCCUUGCUAGCUAGGGGUGAUGGGAGUUGUAGUUCAACAACACCUGGGGACCCACAGGUUGAGAAAGGCUGCUCUAGGGGAUCAUUGUUGAUGGCUUAGCAACCCAGCAUCUAGGUCAGGAAUUUUCAGUCUUUUGAAAUCAAGGAUCCACCUUAAGCCCAAAUGUGCAACGGAGGACCCACUCCUUAACAUUUUCCCAUUGCACUUGGUUCUGCUGCUGUCAUGACCCACCUUAGUUCAGGCUGUGACCCAGGAGUGAGUCCCAACCCACCAGCUGAAGACUAGGAAGUUGAGGAAAUGCGAGUGGUGCUAGCCAGGAAGCAGGUUUAGAGGACGAGCGCAAGCUGGGAAGUGGGAGAGGCUCCACUCCAUCUCCAGUGUCAGGGGAGGGGUGUGUAUGUGUGUGUAAGAUGCGCCCACAACACUGUCUGGUGCGCCCCUUCUAAGAAGAAUGGCAUGCUGUUACUGGGCAAGUAAGGGUGACGACUGUGCUUGGAAACUGGCAUGAGUACAAACUGGAAUAAAUCAGAUCAAGCUUUCCUCUUGGGGAAUUGUGCAUUAUGGGUGUGGUCCAAGUGAUGGUUAUAGAUUACCAUGUAGAAAAAAGUUUGAAGCUAUUUGUACUUGAGGACACUGGCAUCUGCAGCUAACGGGAGAGCCAAGGGCUUGAGGGAUGGGUUUAGAUGUGGGGGCCAUAAGGGCUGAGUCGAAUAUCCCAAGUAGAGCUUGUCGCCCAAAACCUAAGCUUGAGCCAAAAUGAUACCUAAAAGCAGAGUCUUGCACUCUUGAGCACUUGCAAGUAUAUCAGAUACGGGGACUAGAGAAAUGUCACUUGUGCCUGUACUCUGCAAUAUGAAACUUUGAAGCUGUGUGCCAUCCUCUUUGAGCCUCUUAAUUUCCUGUUUCCUGGAAGCAAUGAAAUUUCUGUGGUUGUGCAGCUGGGAAAGAAUAUUUUGAAACUUAAAUCUGCCCAGGCUGCUGCUUUCUACCAUAUUUUUUUUGCAUCUUAAUUUGGGAGGGAAGAGAAUGUUGCUGCUUCUAACCCUGCCCCAAGAUGGAUUAGAAGAAUUUUACAGUUGGAAAGGACACUGCCUAGUCCAACACUGUCCAGUGCAGGAAUCUUGCACUGCUGCAUCCCUGGCAGAAGGUUGCUCAGUCUCUGCUUAAAUGCUUCCUAUGAGGGAGACCUCUCUACCUCCCAGUCUGUUCUGAGCAUCCACCAGCUCCAGUGAUCUGCAGUGUUGUAUUCGGCAAUCACCCACAAACCUUCAUCCCCUAGCAAGUAGCCAGCUCUAAAUAAGCACGGUUGUUAGGAACGCUCUCUUUUUACACUUGAUAUGGAUCACUGAAGAAUCUAUCCAGCCAUCGGGCAACGGAUGGACACAUCCCUACUAUUGCUGUAUGGCCAGUAUUAGCUCAGAUACAUAUGGGGUCCAUUUUGCAAGCUUUCUUAGAGAUCAGCUGAGUGGCAAGUUCUGACUCCUAUGUUACUGAUGUGCUUCAUCUGUCCCCCCCCCCUCCAGCUUUAUUUAAAGGGAAUUUAUUAUCAUUGUUUGGGCCAGUGAUUGGGUGGUGCCUUUACUUCUCAACAAGAGAUUCCUUUGGAUCAUUUGUUUUGGGGGAAUGUAUUUCCCAUUCUGUGUCUUGCAAAGCACUGUCUGCAAACAAAUUGUGAUUCUAUUUAUUUAGGGAAGUAAAUAUUUUGUACAGUUUAUGUGCAGGGGGUAUUAAAAUUUAUUAAGGAGUGGAAACCUUUA